UUGAGAAGGUUGAAGAAGACGAGUAUAGCCUUCAAGCUGUGCUCUGCCUGCCCCUUUCUGGCUAAACUUAUCUGCUUUACCAAAGAGCCUGCACACCUCACUCCAGUGGGUCCUAGCUGGAGCUCUGCAAACACUACACAGGACUCUCCUCAACAACACUGCUAGACAAUUUACAUUGAAUUGCUCCCUUCUCCGUUAUCUGCUGAGAACCUUCUCAAUCAUACUUGCAACAUAGCGUUCUAAAGUGGGGAUUGAUACACUGCUUCCUGGAAGGAUGUAUGAUAUUGAACUGGUCUCAGUGACCCAGAGGAUGUUAUAAGGAGAUCGACAUAUUAAAUCUGGAGUCAUAUGUCCCGAAAAAGUGAUAAUGGAAUCUUCAUUUUCAAAAAAUACAACAUUGGAAAAAAUAGUGAGACACUGUUGUUUCUUGUUAAUUGUUCUUCUGAUUAGAAUGGUUCCCGGCUAUGCCUCUACUGUAAAAUAUGCUGAUCCAACACUAAUGCCAACUGUAAAUGAGGAAUCAAUAAGAAGACAGAAAAUAAUAAAUGAACAAUUUAAAUGUUAUGAAAAAAUGAGCAGAGAUUCCCCAUAUUCAAAACCAGGACUUUAUUGUAAUCGGACGUGGGAUGGAUGGCUAUGCUGGGAUGAUACACCUGCAGGAAAACUUGUUAUGCAGAAUUGCCCAGACUAUUUUCAGGAUUUUGAUACAACCGAAAAAGCAUCAAAAUACUGUGAUGAAAAUGGAAAUUGGUUUCAACAUCCCGAAAGUAACCGAACCUGGUCAAAUUAUACAUUGUGUAUAUCUUUUACUAGUGAGAAGCUCAAGAUGGCGUAUAUACUCUACUACAUGGCAAUUGUAGGACAUACCUUGUCAAUCGUUUCUUUGCUGAUUUCCCUUGGAAUUUUCUUCUAUUUCAAGAGCCUGAGUUGUCAGAGGAUAACACUACAUAAGAAUUUAUUCUCCUCAUAUGUAAUGAAUUCAAUACUUACAAUUGUUCAUCUUAUUGCCAUAGUACCUAAUUCAGACAUUGUGAAAAGUGACCAUGUAAGCUGCAAAGUGUUGCAAUUUUUUCAACAAUACAUGUUUGGAUGUAAUUAUUUUUGGAUGCUUUGUGAAGGAAUAUAUCUGCAUACUUUGAUUGUGGUGGCUGUGUUUGCAGAAGAGCAACAUUUACAUUGGUAUUAUCUUCUGGGAUGGGGGUUUCCAUUACUGCCAGCAUCUAUUCAUGCUUUUGCAAGAACAAAAUACUUUAAUGACAAAUGUUGGAUGAGCGUGGAAACAAAUUUGCUUUACAUCAUUCAUGGCCCAAUUAUGGCUGCCCUACUGGUCAACUUGUUUUUCCUUCUCAACAUAGUUCUAGUACUUGUGACAAAAUUAAGAGAUACCCAUCGGACAGAAUCCAACAUGUAUAUGAAAGCGGUCAGAGCAACUUUGAUUCUUGUGCCAUUGUUAGGAAUCCAGUUUGUUAUAUUUCCAUGGAGACCUGAAAAUCGACUUGCUGGAGAAAUCUAUGACUACAUUAUGAACAUAUUAAUGCAUUAUCAGGGAUUACUUGUCGCAACAAUUUUUUGUUUCUUCAAUGGAGAGGUGCAAGGAGCUCUUAAAAGACAGUGGAUGCAAUACAAAACACAAUUGGGCCAGAGACGUCGAGAACACUGUUCCACGCGUUCUACAUCCUAUACAGCUACAUCCAUAACAGAAGUUCCCAUAUACCUCUACAACCAUGAUUCCAACAGUGAACAAUUAAAUGGAAAAUAUGGAGAAGACUCGGAAAUCACAGCACUUAAUUCAGGAGACUCGUACGAAUGAUCCUCUUACGAAGCAGACAAUUAUUGCUUUCAAAUUAAUGACAGUUCUGUUCCAUCUUGGAAACAAAGCCUUUAACAUGAGUGUCAAUCAGACCACUUACUGAAAGGAGCCACUACGCAAACAGUUAUCUGGAGAUAUCCAGAAUUUACUUGUGACAUAUGGACAAAUCGUGGCUUUAAUUGCUACUUAAAUAAAAUACAUUAAAAAAAUAAAUGAAAUAGGUACUUGAACAGGGAUAUCUGACAUCCAGAAAGAAAGAUUUUGUCAUAUCCAGAGAAUAAAGUUAAAAAGGGAUUGACAAAUGUGGAUUUAGAAAGCUUUCAUUUGAGCAUAGUAGAUGGCAGUCUAUAAAGAGACAAAUUUAUAACAUUAAGAAAAAUGUUAUGGUCUUAUUCUUGCUAAACUUUAAACUUCUAUUUUUUAUGGUUUUACACAGUAGUGUUGCAUAUUAGAAAAUUAUAUUCUCUAAUCAAUUAUGUGAAAGGCACAGUGCACAAUUUAAAGAAUAACAAUACUUUGGUGCUAGGUUAUAGUUUGAUUAUUUUUUUUUUAUAUAAUAAUCGUUCUGGUUUAUUUUCACAAGUAUGGUACCUCUAUUUACAACUGCAGUCUUAGUAGAUUGUUACAUGACUUGCCUUGUACCAUUUCACAAGUAUGGUACCUGUACGUUCACCUGCAGUCACAAUAGAAUUGGUAUGUGAUGUACCUCGUACCAAAUAGUCAUAGGGAAUUAAAAGGUAUUUCAGAUAUACUUGUUAGACAAGGAAAUCAAAAUUCAGAUUUUCAUUUCAAGAAAUCAUCAGGUUUGGUAAUGGACUUUGAUUAUGUUACCAUGUAUGAAUGUGUAUGACGGAACGCUCUCCUGUUGGAAAGGAAAAUAGUGAAAUAUAGUAUUUUCUAGGAUAUUUUGUCUAAUGGAGUUUAAAAGGGUUAUUAUUGGGAAAUACUUUUUUUAUCAGUUAAAUCCGUGUAAGGCAGCUUACGAUGAUGAGAUGUAAGUUAUUUUAUAGUCUGUAUAAAAGAAAGGUUACUUAUUUUUUAUUAAGCCUAUGAAUUUAAUUAUUGACUAUAAAGAGAACGAAAAGGUAUUCUGAGAUUAAUAUAUACAUAUACAAAUAUAUCUUACAGACAAUUUGUAAAUCUAAUAUACAAAUAUAUUAUAGACAUCCUAUUUUUCUAAACCACUGGUUUUAAUUUGCUUUUCUGAUUAAAAGUCUAGUACAUUAUCCGGUCUUCUGAUUUAUACCUGAUGUUUGUGUUGUUACUCGUAUCACUACACAUGUUCAAGGGCUAAAAUAUUUUUGACUGCACAUUGAGCAGAAUGCAAUAUUAAAGCUAUCUUUAGAAUAAUUACAAAUCACUGUGAAGUCUAAAUCCAUUUUAUUGUUUUUCUCAUAGUAUACAUUUAUAUCUGCUUAGUGUUACUCCCCGUUGAUGAGAUUAACAAUGUUUGAAGUUUAACAAAUUUAUUGAUUUACUUUUCUUUUUCUAUCAUACCCGCUGGACCCGAUUGCAUUGCAAGCACACUUUUUACCUAUAAUAUAAAUUUGACCCAUGACAUAAGCCAAAUGAAUUUUUUAGUUGUUUUUAUUUUUUAUUUUUUUUAAUAUAUAUUCAUACAGAAGACAUUUUGAGUUACAAAUGUGUACAGAUUAAUCAUUCAUUCAAUCAAGUCAAGUGAUAUUAUAUCAUUUAUAAAUCUGAUUACAAACAGAUGUCAGUGGCUCCUAUAUUUUACUAUAUAUGUAAUUAGUACACCAAGCCUUGUUUCAUUCAUUCAUUAAUAGUGGCUAGCGUGACGUAUUUAUCUCACAAAUCCAUCUGCAUGUUUAGUGUUCACUGAUAUGUUCACAGACCUAUACUCGGGUUAAUAAUUAAGACUCAGUGGAAGACAUAUCAAUCCAUGUCUAGAUAAUUUAUUAGUAACUUAUAAGUGGUAUCCUUAUUUAUGUUAAAACAUUACUCGUUGUAUGUAAUAUGCAACAAUGCUUUAUUUUAGUUGUGCAGAUAUGGAAAAUUAUAUUCAACUAAAUUUUUGUGUGAAAAUGAUAAAAUGUAAGAGAAUUAAUCAAAUCAUACAUUUACAAAUUAAUUUGCAAAGAUAAAUACUAAAAAUUUUCAGUGUAGACUUUAAAUAAUUACGCUAUGCUCCUAAAAAAAUAAAAAUGAAAUAAACGUAACUCCUGGCAAACUCAACUUCGGCAGAAUACAAUAAUUCGCAAUAUGUUCAGCAAGCUUUUAGGUAUUUUCACACAUUAAAGGGUCCAAGGUUGACAAUCACACAGCCAUAUUCAAUGACCAAGGAUAUAAAAAGUUGUUAAUUUUAUUUUAGUUCAGAUAUCUAAGAAACAAUAAAAGAGCAUUUGAAAAUAAAACAAAAUCUUUUUUUACCUUUAAAAUUGCUUCUUAAUUGUUUCUUGUACCUCAAGUAGUAAAAUGCUUUAAAAAUGCAAAAUUUAUCUUUGCUUUACUGUGUAUAUUUAAGAAGAAUUGUGUAACUAGACAUUGUUAGCUACACACUCAGUGCUUUCUCACCUUACAGCCAAUGAAAUAAAAUUGAUUGGUUAGAAAUCUUGAGAAA